CGCCAAGAGACAACAGACGCGCCCUUCACUUAGCGCCGUGAGCAGCAUCGUCCCGCCCAAGCCGUGGCGCUGUGCUCCUCCCAAACCUCCUCCUCAGUGAACCUGCUCUCGGUUAUUAGGGCUAUAUUGUGGUUUGUGGUGCCUCGCUUAUCCAUGCACUGCGUAUAGGUUUAAGAAUAAUACUCUCAAUCUGCAUGCUUUUAAACGCUCGACUGUGGCUCCGGCUCCGCGUGGCACUCCUCACCCCUAAUCUUGCUCGUCAAGAGAAAGCGACUACUUGGCGGCGUGCUGGCCAUUUCGAUUCGGCGUGUGGCUGCCACUCGCUGGCUAUAAAUACAGUACAAUAUUGUUUUCCCAUCGCCUAAGUCUCCUUUUCUGUCGUGCACAAUGUCAUGAAAUAAUGUGAAAGAAGAUUCAAGGUAGCCAAUGGUUGUUAAUAAGAAAAUGGUGAAGUGUACGCUAUUUUUGCCGCCUAUAAUGGCACAGCAGUGAUUCCAGUGUUCAUGUGGCGCAGGCGUGUGUUGUGAUGGCUGGCUGCUGUGAGACAAGAACAGGUUUCUGAAGAGAAUGCUUGAGUGAGCCUUUAGAGGUUUGUGACAGCGUGAGUAUCGCGUGUACGAGCCCCAUGAGAGGGGACUGAAAACCACGACUACUCUCUUUGCCUUGCUGGGGACGAUACCGUGGCAGAAAUGGCAGACAGGUCGUGCGAGCUCAUAACGCGUGCACUCCUCGCGAGCGUGGACACCUCUCGUACCAUCUGGGUCCACAUCGAUGCGGCCCUCCAUGCCUCCCACCAGGAACAGCCACCACAGCACUUCAUUGAUGAGAUCCUGGAUGCCAGUGUGAGGAAUCCCUGUGCCUUAGCAGCCCCUCGGGACCCAAGGCACUUGCGUAAGGUGGUCUUGUGGCUGGCCGAGCAGUGGCGAACGCGCGGAUGGAAAGUCCCCAAAGAGUUCCAGCUGGAGUCCCUCCCUGCAGCUGAGAACACGCCUGACCUCUUUUACAAAACCUAUGUGGGUUGGGGCGGCGGGGCGGGGGCUCCGGGAAUGACACUGCUGGAGAGUGGGGGCGGCAUCACCCACCACACCACGGGGCUGACCACCUGGUGCGGCGCCGCUGUGCUGGCGGAGUGGGUCGCCAACAACCCCAUGGUAGUGGCCGGCAGGAGGGUGCUGGAGCUCGGGGCUGGGGUGGGGUUCUCCGCGGCUGCCAUGCUGACCUCCCCGACCCAAGAGCAACCCCCGCCCGCCGCCUACAUCGCCACCGACUGCCACCACCACGUGCUGACCCUCCUGCACCAUAACCUGACGCUGAACCUGGCUGAACCGCCCCUCAAGAGGAGUUCCCUGGACGCCUUCCAAGCCCGUGUCACGCGUCAGUUGGAGGAGGAACGGGCGGCAGAGACGGAGGAAAACCAGAACGAUGAGCCACAGGUUUGGUCUCCUCCAGAGGGCUCCACCAGCGACCCGGACUAUCCCACCCUAGCCGUAGUGCGGGAGGCGGGGCCGCAAGGACAUGGCCUCGUUGGGGUGAUGCAGGUGGACUGGCGCAGCCCCCCUCGUCUGCCACCAGUGGACGUGAUCUUGGCGGCUGAUGUAGUCUACUGUCGUCAACUUCUGCGGCCCCUGGUCACUCUCCUCAGGGUCAUCUUGGAGGGAAGUGAGGAGCCAGACGAUCCACAGCAAAACCCAGAAAAAGACAACGAGAGGCAGACAGCAGGAAACGGAGGGAGUUUAGAGGGCAAGGAACAUGACAGUGAAGAGGAAACAGUUGCCGACGGAAGGACGUCUAGAGAACCAGGAGGCGACAGGAAUGGCGAAGUGCGCCGGGGAAGACGAGAAGCGUUCCUUGCCUGCACCCGCCGGAGCCACGAGACGCUGGGCCUCUUCCUGCAGGAGGUGGCGCGACAGGGGCUUCAAUACAGCCUCGCUUAUCAGGCCACGCUGGACGCCGACACCGCCCUCUUUGUGUACAACGAAAUGCAUCUUCCGAUCAAGGUGUACAGGAUUACUCUUCCCGAGGAUCCCUUUGUCACCUGAGGGAGCGGCGCCGCGCCA